CGACUGCUAUUCAUUAUUCGACAGCACUUGCGCCGGCUGAAAGUCUGAGUUUUGGAAGUUUAGUUAUAUCAAACUAUCUUUUUUAAAUUAAAUUGUGUCCAUUCUCUCAUGCAUACAGCCCUUCUUGGCAUAACUAGAAUAUUUUCAUCAACAGCAACAGGAAUUCCAAAGCUUCAACUCGCUAAAAGUAUGGCGACAUUACCGGCGAAAUUAGACGCAAUUCCUGCUGUUGAUAUCGACUCUGGUCGGUUUAAAUACGUCCUGAUUCGGGUGGACAUGCAGGAUGCUGCCGAGACGAAACAAGAGUACAACAAAGUCAUCGUGCGUGGUUACAACUGGGCCUCUUUCCAUGCUGACAUUUACGACAAGGUGCAAGAGGAAUUGGAAGCGGUUGGUUUCGACACCGAGUGCCUGGGUGGUGGCCGCAUCCUCCACGACCCGUCUAAGCGCUCCAUUCAAGUCUACGGCUAUUCUCAGGGUUUCGGAUUGGCGGAUCAUGCAGUGACGACUGAACUUCUCAAGGCCCGCUACCCAGACUACGAGUCCAUCACUUGGACUAACGAAGGUUACUAAGCCUCCCUCCUCUUUUUUCUCCCCUCCAUCUUUUUUCGUUUUUCUCCCUCCUUCUCAAUUUCAAUGCCCCUAUCCCAGUGUUGAAGAAGCUGUGAAACUAUGUGCAGCAUCUUUUUGGAGACGGUCACUAGAGGAGAAUAAAGAAACAAAAAACGAGUGAAGAAUAAAGUUAACAAAAUUGU